AUGACUGAAUUUGCGGUACACCAUUUCCUCAGGUGCCAUUCAAUGUCCGACAAUGAUUCGGCUGACGUUUCCACACAGGUGUGGUAUGCGGCGUUCGAGCCGUCCAAAACGUCCCACUUAGUGGCCACAUGUGGUGGCAACAAGGUCUGUGUUAUCGAUGUGGAGACUGGAAUUGUUCAGUAUAGAUAUACUUAUCCCAAAGGACUGUUGUAUACAUUAUCUUGGAGUACAGCAUGCCCCCGCAAUAAUAUAUUGGCCACUGGCGGAACUAACAAUACAAUUGUGCUCAUAGACUUGUCAACCGAAUCAGUAUACUGUCACUACAGUUUGUUCCAAGGGAAAAAUAAAUAUAAAAAGAUAUUUAUUAGUUCCAUUUUAUUUCAUCCUUCCCAAAAUAUAUUGUUUUGUGCAUUAAACAAUGGAUACUUAUACAUCCUCCAAUUUGAAACUGAUGAUAGUCGUAUCGUAAAUCUUGAAAACCGAUACAACAUUGAUCUCAAGUGCGAAAUUUUUGGAUUAGCGUUUUGUGAAAUAAAUGAUUAUUUACUCAUUGCCACUAAUGUUGGUUUAAAAGGAUGGGAUAACUCUCAGAGCCAGGAUCAAGAACUAUUAGAUUUUGAACUUCCCAAAAAUCCUAAUGAAAUGUACAAGGAUCAAAAUGAAAACGUGAUUGAUUCAAUAGAGAUUGUUAAAGACAGCUGGAUUGCCACUAAAGUGGCACUGCAUGGAGUUAUAUACAUUUUCAAUCUAGAUGCAGCUCUGUCAAAAACUAAGAACAACAAGUGUUUAGUAAAACCAACUUAUAUACUUCAAUGGAGUGAUACAGACAACUAUUUUAUGAGCUGUAGUGUUGGACUUGAUGGCAAGCUAUUAGCGUGUGGGGAUGAUAGAGGUAGCAUAUGGAUUUACAACCUGAAGGACUUAGCCUUCAAAUCUUCAAAAAGUGAUUCUAAGGUAAUUUCUGUCAAAUCAGUCUUGAAAUGGCCCAAACUUGAAGACAAGUUUUUGAAAAAGAAAAAGAAAUUGGAAGUAGAUGUUUAUGAUAUAGUAAUGGCUAAAUGUGCUGUGCACUCUAGUGGCAAAUAUCUUGUAGCCGUAACCAAUAACAAUUUAGUAUGUUUGUAUAAGAAAUCAACAGUAAAAAAAUAA